UGAAUCUGCAGUGAUCUUUCAUUAUUUCUCCAUGCUGUUUUUUUUUUUUUUUUUUUUUUUGGGAAAUAAGAAGAUUAUAUCAGUCACCAGCUAUGGCAAAAGUUUGGCUGAUUGUUUUUCUCUUUUUUGCGUUGGUUAUUUCAGUCCUGCUGCAGAACCCAAACAAUAUAAAAGAUCUAGUUGUCUCUACUAACUGCAGAAUUUCAGGUGUGUUCUUGGUAUCAUUAGGAAAAGAUUACAGACUCAAUGCAACCUAUGCUAAAUUUACAUGUCAGUCCUUAGGAGUUACUUUGGCAACAAAAGGUCAUGUCAAAAAGGCUUCCGAACAUGGCUUAGAAACAUGCCGGUUUGGCUGGAUUGUUGAAAAUGUGGCUGUGGUCCCUCGAAUAAAACCUCUUCCCAACUGUGGUCAAAAUAGGAGUGGAGUAUUAGAAUGGCGUGCGCCAUUAGAAAAACUAUUUGAUGCCUACUGCUUCAAUUCAACAGAUACAAUGACAAACUCUUGUGCACCCAUAACGCACACCACAGCAUCUUCCACUCCGAUAACAACAGAAUUAAGAGAAGAGAAAACAUCACCAACUUGGAAGUCUCCAUUGACUACCUCUACAAAACUGAAGAUGGACACAAGUGCUAUUCCUGUAACACAGUCUCCGCGAUCACAAACCACUAAAGCAGGGCCUUCAUCAUCACAGCCCACUAAUGCCCAGCCUUCGUCAACACAAGCCACUAAUGCACAGUAUUCAUCAUUACAGCCUACUAAUGCACAGCCUUCAUCACCACAAGCCACUAAUGCACAGUAUUCAUCAUCACAGACCACUAAUGCACAGUCUCAGUCAUCACUGACCACUAGUACAUCUGACCACAUUGAACCAAUGGACCCCAAUGGAAAUGCAGACACAUCUGUACAUAGUAAAGGAACUCAGUUUGGAGCAUUACAAUCUGGAUUACUUGUUCUGGCUAUCAUAUUCUUCUUAACAGCUUUGACCACAGGGGUCUGCUAUUUCAAACAGUACAAGAAAACACUUCCAGUAGUGGAUGGUAAUCAGCUAAAGGAGUGCAUUGAAACCGAACUCUGGAAAGACAACCAAGUUGACGAGAACGAACAAGAACAAGAACAGACAGAAUACCAGGAGCAGGCUGAAAAUCUCAAAGACAGCAAUGGUGCCAAAGACAUAAGCGUGACAGUUCCUCAUGAAACAAACACACAGGAUUGAAAGAGAUGUUACGCAUUGUCAAAUAUAUUUUUUUUACUUCAUUUCUAAGUUUGCAUUUUAAAUGUUUAUAUUUUGUCAAUAUUACAAGAUGUGUGUAACUCUCAAUUAUUACUUUCAUGAUAAUCUCACAGCUGUUUAUUCAAUAAAUUUAACAUCUCAGCUUUACAGUUUUAGUAGAUCAAAUUGAAAAGUCACAGAACUACACACAUUUGAGGAAAUGUAUCAAGUUCUUGACAAAUGCUAUUUUUGCAGAACACACAAUUAUUUACCUUUUUAAUUGUUUUUAGUAUAAUUUGUUUCACUAAUUUCAGAAUGCAAUUAUAUUACGUGUGCAUUCAUAAAAAUGUAUCCCUUUGUGUGUGUGUGUGUGUGUGUGUGUGUGUAUAUGUAUAUAUAUAUAUAUCAACUAUGAAAUACAAUACAUAUAAAAUAUGUAAACUGCAGGAAACUAUAGCAGAGGUCAUAUGCUUGUAUUGCAGUUGGCAACAUUUUCAAAGAGUGAUAAAACUUUUGUUUAAAGCUCUUCCAAACAGAGAAAAAAUACAUAAUAACAGAAACCUUUCACACUCAGGAAUUGUUUCAUAAACGACCAUUUUCUUCAAAAGGGUCAUUUUACAUAUCAGAGCUUUUUUUUUUCUACCCUCUCUUUUCCCAGUUUUUAAUCAUAACACUGUAUACAGUAUAAUAAUGUAUAAAAGGAUUAUAGUAUAUUGUAUAGCCUACAGUACACAUUACAUCUUGUAGGUUUGUGCUGUCAUGUUCUUGUUUUAAAAUUACUCAA